ACACACUCUCCCUCAAACCAAGGAACACUUUGUAAAAAAACAAAGAACAAAAGAACAAAAAUGAAUUCUUCAACAUUUUGUUCUUUGUUCCUUGGUUUGAUCCUAAUUUCGCAAUCACCUUUGUCUGCAAAUGCAAGAGGACUCGGAGGAGGACUAGUCGAUGAACUUUGCAACUCCGAAUACAUCGAGGAUAAGAUAGCAUGUCACAGCAUUCUAGGAUCAAAUCCAGAAGCCAUGAAAGCAAAGAAUUACAAACAACUCUCAAGGGCUAUCCUUACAAUAGGAAUUAACAAAGCAGUUGAAGGACAAAAUUUCCUUAAAGGAUUGGCAGCUACAACGAAAUCUCCAGCCCUAACACAAUGUGCAAAUUUUGAUUAUGAUGGUGUUGUUGGCUCUUUUAAAAGUUCUCUUGGUGAAAUCAAAGAGGAUACUGAAACUGCUAAUUAUGAUGCUGGUGUUGCUCAUGAUGGUCCUGCUCAAUGUGAUAGAGGAAUGGAAGCUGAACACAUUGUUAAUCCCCAAGUUACAGCUCUUAACCGUCAGAUCUUUUUACUUAGCCAAAUGGCAUCAUAUGCGACAGAUAAACUUUCUGAAGUUACUCCUUAAUUUCAUGUAUUGUAUAUAGAUGAGGGAGAGUUAUUAUUGAAAUCUAAUAGCAAUUUUGCUGCUAUUUUUGUGUUCCUUACUUCCUUAUAUUACUGUCUUCUUUAUUUCUGCAUAAAUAAAUUUAGGGUUCUGCUAACAUGUGCCCUA